CACCGCGACUUAUUUAGAAAGGACUCAACAUCGUGUCUAACACACGCCUGGUAAUUAGGAGUAUCACGUUAAAUUAUGCCACAUAGCGCUAACAAGAUCCAGUAGAAAAUUGAAUUGUGCUAAACACUGGAUUCUUGUAGUUUUUAUUUGUAACUCUAGUGAGCUGAUCCUUCAGGCGAGGGCGGGCAGCAAUUGUUGUGACAGCGUGUAACUUAGGACGAAAGUAGUAGGAGAAGAGGAAUACAACCGGAGAUCCGGAGAUGAUGCAGCAGGGGUCAGAUGAUGACACUGAAGAUGUGUCACUUUUUGAUUCUGAUGAUACAAAUACUAGAAAACCCAAGAAAGGAAAAAUAAGACAUCCACUGGCCUCGUUCUUCCACUUAUUCUUUCGAGUCAGUGCAAUUCUUGUCUACCUGCUCUGUGAAUUUUUGAGUGGAAGUUUUAUUGCUUGCAUGGUGACUAUUAUCCUUUUACUUUCAUGUGACUUCUGGACAGUUAAGAACAUUACUGGUCGAUUAAUGGUUGGCCUUCGGUGGUGGAAUCAAAUUGAUGAUGAGGGGAAAAGUCACUGGAUCUUUGAAGCCAGAAAGCCAUCAGCACAGGGGAAAAAAUCAUCUGAAGCAGAAUCCAAAAUUUUUUGGUUAGGGCUCGUCAUCUGCCCAAUUAUUUGGGUGAUAUUAGCCUUCAGCUCUCUAUUUUCAUUCAGACCGCAGUGGCUGGCAGUGGUCAUCAUGGGGGUUGUUCUGCAAAGUGCCAACCUGUAUGGAUAUAUUAAAUGCAAAGUCGGCAGCAGGAAGAACCUAACCAGUGUGGCUACUAGUUACCUAGGAAAACACAUCCUGCAACAGACACUGGCUAAAGAAGAUGCUGCAGAUUCCUAAACAGAAUGAAAAAUCAGACUAUCCAAACAUUAUUUCUGUUGGCGAAUGUGGGAUGAUCAUGUAUUCAUCUUGAAGCUGAAGUGUCUGUGGGGGCUCUGGUGCAGUAGACCCUGUUUUGUAGUUGGGAGAUGAUCGACUGUAUUUCCAAGCUGCUGCUCUUUUUCUCUUUCCUAUUAAAUUUGCAAAUCAACAGUCAAUUUAUAGCUGAAUUACAGAUCUUAAAAGGAAAAAAUGUGAAUACAAGACCUGUACAUAUUGGCAAGUUUUCCAAGACCACAGUCACAGAAAGAGUAAUUCAGAGGUUGAAGCACUGAUGUCUUCCACUAAUGUUUGCCUUUUUAAAUUUUAUAGGGCAUUACUUGCAGCUUAUGUUAGCAUAUACAUAACUGAAGUGCUAUGUAAACACGGCAUUAGUAAUGAAGGCAAGCCUUGAUGGUCACUGAAAAAGUUAGUAUGCUUUUUCAUCUAAUUACUUGUAAUGUCUCUGGAAAGUUUAAUGCUUAAAUGUUAUGGUGGUGUUUUCCAAAGAUUAUGGUCAUUCUGCUGUUGAAUUUAAAGAUGGAUGGCAGUGAUAAAGAUUUCUUGUGGCACACUGAACUAUUUUAAAAUAACAAAGCACAAAUAUAUAGUAGCCCUGCUUACAAAAAAAAACUUUAUUUCUAAUUGCUGUAUGUUUACAGUGGCAGUAGUAGUAACGAGAACAUAUUUAUAAAUACUGUACAAAAGUAAUUCAGAUCACAUUCCUAUUAUCUUUGGUGUAUAAAGGUACUACCCAUUAGUCUCCAUCUGAAAUGCUGUACUGUCCUAGUACAGAUAGACAGCUCAAAACAUCAACAGCAUGCCACCUUUUAAGGACCAUUGUGUUGCUAAUGGUCAGGCUGCUCAAGUAUUCAUAUUGUGUGAGCCCUUCAUCUGUGCACGAUAUGCUGCUAGGGCUGCAGAAGCAGUUUUAUUUUGUUUAACUUGUUUGGUAUUGAAAAUGUAUUCUGUUUUCAUCUUGUUUUUGAAGCAAGUGCUGAUGGUUUAGUAGUAAAGUCAAUUUGGGGGAGAGAGACUUGAUCAUUCAUUGUUAUAGAGGAUAAAAAAGAAGAGUUGUUAGGAUAAGAAAAGUUCAAGAGCAGUGCCCUACAGCUACAAAGCAGUUGUUAAAUUUGUACAAGGUGAAACGAAAAGUACAGUACAUGGAAAAUGAAUGCUAAAUAUUCUUCAUAAAUUAGAGCUCCCUGCUCUUGUAUCUUAGCUCAGCACAUUGACAAAACCAUUGAUGAUUUAUCUGCCUAAGCUCCUAAUUAUAGAAGCUUCAAUGCUAGCUCAUCACCUUCCUACAGAAAUGAACAGGAAAAAAAGUCAAAAACACAAUUUGAGGUCAGGAAAAGGCAAGCCUACAGUUUUAAGAUAGUGUAGGAAACGACGAAAACAUUCAAAGGAUCAAAUAGUUUACCCAAACAAAUUUCUCUAUGGGAGUUAUGAGCUCUAAAAGCAGUUAACGCCCUCUUCUCAGAGGAAGGAUGACUCCAGUAGUAAAGAGAAGAGGGUACUAACUGCUUUUAGAGCUCAUACCUACCAUAGAGGAAUUUGAAUAAACUAUUUGAUCAUUUGGCUGUGUUCAUCAUAUGGAAAUUAACAGAAUACAGAGUUUAGGCCGUAAUGCUAUCCUUUGUCCACUGUAGACGAGUCACCUUUACUCUCAUUGUUAUCUCCAUGCAUGUUGGGCAACAGAAAUAUCCCUGCAUCAGACACUGGUUCGUUAAUCUUCAUUUUUUCUGUCCUACCAGGUUUUGCUACUUUGGUUGAAAUCUGUCCCCCUCCACACAGUGACUGCAGAUGCAGUCAAUAUCUGUACUGAAAUCUGUCCCCCUCCCCACAGUGACUGCAGAUGCAGUCAGUAUCUGUACUGGUUUUGAAAUCUGCCCCCCUCCCCACAGUGACUGCAGAUGCAGUCAGUAUCUAUACUGGUUUUGAAAUCUGUUCCCCUCCCUACAGUGACUGCAGAUGCAGUCAGUAUCUGUACUGGUUUUGAAAUCUGUCCCCCUCCCCACAGUGACUGCAGAUGCACUCAGUGUUUAUACUGGUUUCUUACCUUGGACAUCCUGCUUAGCAAUACUGAAGGAAUAUGAACAUUCAUAGUGAAGCGGAAUUGUUGAUGCAGAGAAGUUGGUGAAAUCUUUACUGAAUACCCCCUCUUGCUAGGGGAAAGCUGCUGCUGCAGUCAAUUUCCACUCUUCUAAAGACUGGGACACUUUACCACUUUACUAGGAAAGGUUAGGCAAGGAAGAUAGUAAGGAUGAUCCAUUUUAGCUAGCUUAUGAUUAAUACUUCAGGUACUGGCUUUGGCAGGAUCAGUAUCCACCAAAGCAACAUAAGUCUGUGAUGCAGCAUUGCACUGGUUGUGACUUGACAGUACCUUUGGUUAGCCUCAUCUUUGUUUCUUGCUAUUAGCUGUUCUGCAUCCACAGUUGUCUGUUUCCAUUCUACAUCCCCCCCACCAUGGAGGGAUCUGUCUCUCUUCAGCAUCAAAAUAUAUUAAUUGGAAUGCCUCCCCACUGUAUAGAACUCUACCUUUACAUAAAGAAUUAAGCUCCUUCGCUAGCUUCCUGAGUGCUGUGAUAUUUGCUGUCUGUGGUUAUCACAUAUGUCAUGCACAUUAAACCUUACUUGUUGACUACACUGGGACAUCGCCAGUACUCUUAUGUAUUGUGAUAUCAUUAACUUUAAAUGCCCCCAUCUGUACGAUCCUCUUCAUGCAAUUCAGAUAUGACCUAAACUCUUAAGAACCAGUGGUACCUGGCAGAUGGUAGGCGUAGUCCUUUGUUCUUGAUGCUAUUAGUGCUUAUUUGCAGGUUAGGUGAUGAAGGCAGAUGUCGGUUUUAAAUUUUGUUUCUACAACAGCAUGGGCAGAUGCAUUGGUAAGUGACAACAGCUGAUAGUUCUCACUCUUCCUUCAGUAUAUUCCCUUUGGAUGAAUGGUUUCUUCCCAUGUGAACACUCAUAUGUAUAAUUUUGUAUCCAUCUUAAUACUGGAUUUGCAUACAAGUGACAGCGUGAUUUUAGCUUUGUGAAAGUCUGAUAUUAAUAAGAAAAGGACAGCUUGGCUUCGGAAUUGUUCCUGUUUGGAUUUGAGGUUCCACCAUUGUUGCCUAUUAUUUUGUGAGUGAUCCCUGCAAUGCUCAGAAAAGCAGCAAUACCAUAUCAUGUGGAGCAAUUGUAGGUGGCAUAUGUAGUGAUUAGGACUGCUGUAGGAGUAAGAGACCCAAGCAUCUAAUAGUUCCACACAGUGAUGACAAGUCAGGGAACCCAUACGUAUCUGGAUGAAGGCAGUUCAGCUAUCCAUUUUUCCUGCCAAGAUCAUGAUUUCAUAUUGUCCUAGCUGACAGACAUGCAAGAACCGACCUCUGAAUAUUACAAGGUUAUCUGGCUGCACCAUUUUCACUUCAUUCUACACAUGUAGUCUGAUGCACUUCACCACGUAUAUAAUAUGCUUUUGUAGUCCAUUGGUCAGCUGUUUUUUACAGGGUUUCUUCUCUCCUCCAUUCAGAUAAGUAUCCCAUUAGUGAUUUUUUUUUUAUUCAAAUUUAAUGUUUAAGAAAGUUUACAGUUGCUUGAAGUGUGAGAAGAAUGGAAAGCAAAUCCCUUAUGAUUUUCAAUUACUGUUGUCUGUUCUGUUGAGCAUCAGAGUAACAUAUGUGAUUGUCCUGAUUGCCCUAAAUUCCGAGUGAUGCCCCUUAAAUGCAGGGUUGAAGUCUUAGCUACUCAUAUGGAGUCCUCAUUUUCACUUCCCCCUGCUUUUUCACAAUCCCCAGCUUCUGCCAGAGUUAUCCUGGAAAAAUGCAAAGAAAAAAAUUCAAAGGAAAUAGCACUGAAGAUGCAGCCAAUAUCUUGGCCCAUUGCUGCCAAGUCUACUGACAAAUAGGGAGGCCACCAUGGUUCCAGGCCUACCACUCACUCCUUCCAUAUCAUCGGUCUGGUCUGAGGUAGCUCUGCAAGCCAGUAUUCAUGUCACUGGUACCAAGGAAGACAUCUUAUCACCCUUGGAAACUUGGGCCAACAUAGUGGUCAACCAACUGUAUUUCUGGUACUUUGACAGAAUGGAUGCCUAAACCAAAAUGAAACAUCAGCCUUCCUCUUCCAUCUCUUAGUCAUCUCUGUCACUUCAGCUCAGAAUGAAGCCCAAUAUAUCUUGAAAAUUGCUCAGGAGUUCAUGACCUUCAUGAAAUACAGAGAGCCCAGCCACUUCCGGGCCACUAUAGCUGAAGCCUUCCAAUCCAAGAGGCUGAGGGAAAUGGCCUUUCAAGAAGAUUCACAGUCCUCUUACUCUGAGGAUGAAUAAUUAUCAUGCUCUUAGCACCUUCCAGCUCAACUUUAAACAGAUUUGGACUCAUCUACCCCCCCCCCCACUUAAUUGCCAGUUCCACAUGCAUCCAUUUAGUACUAAAUUAUUACCAAGACAGACACUGUUUCUGGCAAAGCCUUGUCUAAGGAAGUUCAUGAGAUAGCUAGAGCAGCCUUACAGGUUUCCAGACACUCCUUAAAAUAUGGGUAUGAUGCACUUGAUGCAUCAUGUAGAGCAGUUGUCACUGAGUCAUUUGCAUGGCUCAGGACUCAGCCACUCUCAGACCAAGUCAAGACAGAGCUACUUUACAAGGAGUUCCUGUUGAGACCCCAAGCUGAGCAGGUUUUCGAAAAGCUGGACAAAAAAAAGGAAAAAAUUUAAAAAGUGAAAGUUUUACCUGUCACCUACACUUGGGUAUAAUAGAGACUGUCCUUCCAAGUCAUGCCCCCCCCCCAAGUAGGACAGGGAGACGCCACCCUGUGCUAACGUCAGACAAUCCAGAAGGUGGUAACUGGAACAAAUAGAGACCAGGGAGCUCCCAAAAGACCACCUAGCACAGAGACCAGCUACAAUUGUCCUCCGCCCUUGACCCCUCUUCCUCUACUCUCUGGCAGAAAGACUCUCAUUCCUACAAAAAUGGAAAACCAUUACAAAGGGCCAGUGAGUGCAUCCUUCAUGUCAUAGAAUGGAGAUACUUCAUUCUGUUCAGAGAAAUUCCUCCUUUCCUAGGCAUGCAAAAGGAGCAGGAGAGUCUCUUACCACUAAUCCUUUUAGAUUUGCUGUAACAAGGAUCCAUUCAACAUGUUCUUCCAGGUUAGAAAGGAAGAGGUUUUUAUUUAAGCAUUUUCUAGUACCAGCAAAAGAAAGGCUCCUGGAGGCCUAUCUUCAGCCUGUUAAGGCUAAAUAGAUUCUUAUGUUCCAAAAUUCAAAAUAUUAACCUUAAAAAAAGUUACUCCUCGUGAUCUUCCAGGAUCUAUACAUGAGUACUAUAUACCUAAAGAAUGCUUACUUUCAUGUCCCUGUUGCAUGAAUCUUCGAAAUUAUCUGCGUGUUGUAGCAGCAGGCUUGCAUUACAUUACCAAUUCUGAACUUAACCAUUUGGUCUGUCUGUUGCUGAGUUUUCACCAACUGCUUAGCUCCACUGCUAGCCCACAAACCAUAGGAGUUCGCGUUUGCCCUUACAUGGGUGACUGUCUCAUCCAGGGAAAAUUUGCAAAGCAGCCUCUAAACAUAUUAUAUGUCAUGGUGGACUGCUCCCGGAGGUUGGUCUUGCCCUAAACCUCUGCAAGUCUCAAACUCUUCCACAGACAAAGAUUCUGUUUUUCAGAGCACCUUAUAGACAUGGUGCAGCAAAAAGCCUUCCUUCCACAGGGAAAAAUAUGUCUUUGCUGACAAAAUACAUGAUCGGCUUGCUGCCAAAGCAACAGAUCUCAGUAAGAGAGUUUCUCAGGAUCUUUGGGUGCUUGGCUUCCUGCAUAUCAGUGAUCCCCUUUGCAAAGCUUCACAUGAGAAAGCUGCAGUGGUUCUUAAAAGAAGUCACAGGAACAGAUUCUCAGCCCCUGAAAACUCUCCUGCCUCUCAUUCCAUGCCUAAAAAAAAGGAGCUGCUGUGAAGGAAAACACAGUUUUACAGAUUCCAGGCACAAACUUUUCUAUGACAGUGGCAGACAAGACCACCACUACAAACAGCAAAGACAAUCUGGGGGGCUCACCUGAGAACCACGAAGGUGCAGGGCAUCUGACCCCCAGAGCAGAGGAAGCUGCAUACCAACCAGAGGAGUUGGUCUCUGCGGAAAGGCUUUCCUUGCUAGCUAGACAGCUAACACCAGGAAUGUAAGACAUUGGGCAGACAAUACCACAAUCAUGUGGUACAUAAAGGGGUAUCCUUUCCUACCCAUUGUGUAGUCUUGUUAUGAAGACUUGACAGUUAGCACAAGACCUGAAACUGACUGUUGGAGCAUCCUAAAUUCCAGGACUGAGCAGCACCCCGGCAGACUACUUAAGCAGGGACCUUCUGGACCUUAAAUGGAUGCUUAAGAGGGAGACUUUCCUGGACUUAACCUUGCAGUGUGGAAUUCCCUCAAUUGAUCAUUUUGCCUCACGCCAAAACAGACAACUUCAGAGGUUCACCUUCAGAACCUAGCAUGCAGGGACUUGGACAAUAGACGUAUUCUUGUUUAAAUAAACCAGUCUGUUUCUGUAUACUUUUCCACCCUUGCCCCCAAUUCCCAGGGUACUGAUAAAGGGUCAGGACAGGCCAAGCAUAAUUCUCACUGCCCCCAUUCUGACCAAGACAGCACCAGUUUUCCCUCUUUUAACCCUACCCUGUCCCACAGAAGAAAGACUUCCUCAGCCAGGCCAGGGGUGCAUUAUUCCAUCCUCACCUAGCCACACUCAAACUUGGCAGCCUGGAGGUUUGGGUUUUAACAGCAAAAGUGCUAAUCAUUCUUAUAGAAGCAAGGAAACCUACCACAAGAAACUGAUAUCUUGCAAAAUGAAAAAUCUUCUCCAUCUGCUGCCAAAGCAAGAACACUAGCCCUCCUUAGACUGAUAUUAGUCCUGCAAUACCUUUUGGGUCUGUUCAGCCAGGUCCUUAAUUAUUCUGGCAUGAAUGUCAUGCUUCUGCCAUCUCAUCUUUCCUACUGCAUUCUCUUCCCAUUUAAUCCCACCCCUACCUAAAGCUGUUUCUAAGAGAGGUCAUUCACUUGUGACCACCCAAAAGGAGCCCAGUUCCUAUGCGGGAUGUCUGUUAAAUGCUAGAAAAACUCAUGCUGCCUGGCUUUGAAACAGCAGCAGCAUCUGCCCUGUUAAAGGUGCUAACUUGGAAGACCACCUAACUGUCAUCACUUCUGCAAAGAGGGUGUCUGAGCUUCAGGCACUAAUGUACAAAGAUCCUUUCACAGGGAUAUGGUAACCCUUAGUACUAAUGCAUCUUUCAUGCCUAAGAUGGUAUCAGAGCUUUCUCUAAAUAGGCUUUCCACCUGCCAGUUUUCUUUCCAAACCCUGUGAGCAAAGCAGAGCAAUUCCUUCAUUCCAUGGAUGUACACAGAUCAAUCAGGAACUGCGUAGACAAGACACAAAUCCCAAAUAGGGAAGAGCAACUGUUGGUUGUUUUCACAGAGGAGGAAGGCAAACCUGUCUCCAAACAGGCCAUGUCCAAAUGGAUAGCCUGUUGCAUUAGGUUCUGUUACACUCACCAUGAAAAAUCUCUUCCUGGUCAUGUCAAAGCCCAUUCCACCAGGCACAGGGCAGCUACCACUUUCUUCCUCAAAGAUUUUCCUACAAAGGCCAUCCUAGAAGCUGCCAUUUGGAACUUUGUGCACACCUUUACAAAACUCUACCAUUUUGUGAUUGCGUCAAGAGCUACAGCAGGGUUUGCUACAGCUUUUCUGCUAAACCGUAUUUCCUAAGGGCAAAAAACAUCUUGCUAGAUUUGGGAGUCCUCCCAAAAAUCAGUACUGCAACAUUAACUACAAAGUACAUAUUACAGUUGUCAGACUUAUUGUAAUUCUAGGUGUUUGAGUAAAUCAAUGUUGCAGUACAAGCUCCUGCAACCCCUUUGUAUGCUAACCCUUUCUUUCUCCCCUUGCGGAGUGUGAGAGAGAGCGGAGACUCCUGCAGAUAGAUCCUUCAUCAUUCUCUCUCUCCUUUACUUGUGCUUUACUACCCUAGCUAACCCAGACAUCUGAGGAGGUCAUGCUGUCCUCAGGCAUCGACUGCUUGUACAGUGCUUAGAAAGACUUGAAGAUGAUGAUGCCAAUGGACAACUUUAUACCCCAACAUCGAGACGUUGGUCCUUGGAUGCCUGCUAGGAAUGAUGUAAAAACUCAGGAAAUCGGGCAGGUCACAGGCUUCUGCAUGGCAGGAAGACCCAAGAAUCAGUACUGCAACACUGAUUUACUUUAACAUCUAUAAUUAAUGUGUGAAAUAACUGUACUUGCUUUCAUUGUUUUUGACAUUUUUAUAGCCAGUCUUUUUCAUACUUACCAUUGUAUUACUUAUAUUUUUCCACAUUCAAUUGCUUAUGUUAGCUCAGAAUAACUUAUCUAGAAUCCCAUCAUCUGGCAGAGUUUAUCAUGCUUUUUCUCCAUUUGGAUAGGCAGUGGGAUUUUUGCUCCUAUUAUAGCUAGCAGCCUAUUGAAGAAGGAAGUGUCUCAUCUAGUUUAGUUUUAGUUUGUAUCACAUUCUAGUUGUGUUAGCAGUGGUUGCAAAUUGCUGUUUAAAGUGACCAAAAGGCUGUAUCCUGGAGGAUUUUAGGAACAGACAGAUAUAUUAAUUCCUCUUGUUUCAUUCCUAGAUCAUUGGAGUAUUUGCAGGCAAUUAGGCAUGUAAAAAUAGCAUUUUCUUGUGUAAUAUUUUCACAGUAGUAAUGUUACAAGACUUUGUCAGUUUGUACCAAAGGACUGGAACUGGCCUUUGACGUGCAGGUCCCAGUUUGUGUUACAUUUUCUUUUGAGGGAAAUAAUGUUUCUGAAAAUUGCCCUAUCAGAGCAAUGAUCUCUGAUAGGUGCUAUCACUGGCUUUCAGUAGUGAGGUACUCUGUAGUAUCCCUUUCCCAGGAAAAUGCCUAUUAAAGGAAAAGAAUUGGCAUACUCCAUGCAGUUGUUACAGACCCGGAGGAUCGAAUGCAUUUGUUAAUGUCAUUGUUUCCAAGCACCUUUGCUACUUCAAAAAAAAUUUGUAAUGUAUAACCCUUUCAGAUAAAACAGUUAAACUGUAUUUUAAUUUCUGAUUAUGGCUAAUGAAAGAUUAUUUUCUUAAGAUUCUGAUUUGAAUAAAACUAUUGAUAUCA